CGAUCUUCGCGGCUGGGUUCUCCGCGGUGCAUUGUGGAGAGCGUGCUCUUGCUGCUCCCUGUCCUCCUUUUAGACUCCUGCUAGCAGGAGCGGGCUUUGUUUACUGACAGCCGCGGGGUUUAACUCAGGAGAGCCGGCAGCUGAAGCGGGUCUCCGGCUUUUCUUCCUGCCGUGUUUUUUUUUGUUUUGUUUUGUUUCUUGUCCGGAACAGGAAUCGACAAAUGCGAAGAGUUUUUGCAGAAACAAGCAGGAAGUCGGGGUAACAUUUAGAGAACAUUGGGUGGAAGGUGACAGGACCCGGUACGGCAUGUACACUACCUGAGUUUACUUCUCAGUGCGCACUGCCGCGGCUCUCUGUCAGCCCGGACUCAUGCAACGUUUGGACCCCUGAGGAGAUGACACGAGUGUUUGCCUCCUAACUUUUGUCUGUGUUUUUAUGGAGGCGGAUGCUGUGCUGUGUGUAUUCUUGCUGUGAAGUUUUUCGGACCUCUUCAUGACGUCGGUGUGCGUGAAGGCUGCGUGUGCUGUGGGCAUGGAGGUGAGGCUGCUGCGGGCCGGCUGCGUGAACUCCUGCGGGAGGCGAGCUUUCGGCUCCCUCUGCUCUCUGACCUCGCGAUUCGCCGGGAAUCAAACCCUCGUCCUUUUUGGCGGAGCCGCGGUUGCGCGGCAGACGAGGCAGGCUGUGCCACCUGGCUGCAGGGAGGUGGGAUCCCUCCGCGGGAGCUACGGUGGCUGUGGCCCCCCGCGCUGUCAGGGGCCGGUUUUGAUGAGAAGCCCGCAGGGAAGGUGUCGGUCUGCUGGGCUCAGGGAGGAGAUCCUGCUGCGAGGAGGAGCAGCCUGGCCCGUGCCCACUGUGCGCAGCAGAGUGACCGACGCCCCGCUGUCCAGCGUGUCUCCGACGUUUGUUGUGAUGAAGUUUGAUCAGGAGGGAAAUGUGACAUCUUUUGAGAAGAAGAAGACAGAACUUUGCCAGGAGCUACAACUUCAGGCCCGAGACCUUCGCUUCCAGCACAGCACCAGCCUCACAACCCGAAACAACUGCAUUAUCAUACGGAUGGCCGCCUUGAAAGCCAUCCUGACCCCAGAGUCCCUUUUGGUGUUGGACUUUCGCGGCCUGGGUCUGGAACGCUGGCUGGUCCUGGAGCUGGCCCCUCAGCUGGCAUCACAGACGCACUCUCUGCCCUUUGAGUUUAGAGCGCUGGAGGCCAUCCUGCAGCACAAGGUAAACACGUUGCAAACCCGGCUGAACGAUGUCGAGCCAGUCAUAUUGGACACCUUGGAGUACCUGGUGGAUCCUAAAAUCCUUUCUGCUGACAGAAGUAAGCUGCAUGUUCUGCUGCAGAACAGCAAAAGCUUGUCGGAGUUGGAAACGGACAUUAAGGUCUUCAAGGACUCCUUGCUGAAGAUUCUGGACGAGGACGAGAUGAUUGAGGAAUUUUGUCUCACGAAAUGGACAGAUCCAAGAGUUUUUGAGGAGAGCAGUUUGGGUAUCGACCACUGCGAGGAGAUGGAGCUCUUACUGGAGAAUUACUUCAUGCAGGCGGAGGAGCUGGGCAACAAGACCAGAGAGCUGAAGGGACUGAUAGACGACUCAGAGAGCGUCAUCUUUAUCAACCUGGACAGCCAUCGUAAUGUGAUGAUGCGUCUGAAUCUGCAGCUGACGAUGGGCUCCUUCUCCCUGACCCUGUUUGGUCUGAUCGGGGUGGCUUUCGGGAUGAAUUUAACGACAGCCUUUGAAGAUGACCCCCGUGCUUUCUGGCUGGUCACCGGCUUCAUGUUUUUGGGCAGCGGGCUAAUAUGGCGACGCCUCUUGUCAUUUCUAGGACGGCAUCUAGAACCCGGAGUUCCUCCGCUGAUCCCUCCCAUUUGGAAAAGAAACACGAAGCUGUCAGAUAUCAAGCCUGGAGUCAGAUGAGGUCCUGGUUUCAACUUCGGAAAAAACCCCAAACAGAACAGAGCCUGCAGCUGUUAAGACGAUCGUGUCACCAUGCCUAUAAGACACCACGAGUCUCUUUAUGUGCCUCUCUGUGUCCCUUUCGUCCUCUCGUAAAAGCUGGGGAUGUGUCCACGUUUUUGUUUGCGUUAUGCUGUUUUUGGGUUAUUUCAGAUCCUCAAAUGGAUAUUUUCCUACCCGGUUUUAUUCGGACUGAAGGCACAGAAUGUUGCUUGGUUCCUUCUGGUGCUAAACCCGUGGGAGGUGAGUGGCAGAGCUGGAACGGAAACAAAUGACCAACCUUACCAUAAAAGGAGCUGCACUUCGAAAAAGUGGCUCAUUCAAAGAUAGAUGUAUAUUUAUUUUAAUGUGAAAUUUAAAUAUAUAUGUUUUAAAGUUAAAGGUCACCCUCCAGCUAACACAGAAAUAAUAGCUUUUAUUUUCAACCAGAGUGUUUACAGUGUUACACACACACUGCUUUGGAAAGAAUGACUUUAUCAGAUGACAAUCUGGUAUGUGCUGUGAUUGCCAACAUGUGUCAUUAAAAUGCACUAAUACACA